CGCGCGGCUCUGCGCAUGCGCGGAGCCAGGAGAGUGGGCGGCGCAGGGCCCCGGCGGCGGUGGCGGCGGCGGCGGCGCGGAAGGCCCGGCAGGACAAUGGCGGCGGCGGCGGCGAGUCCCGUGCCCGGAGCGGCGGCGGCGGCGGCCGCCGGGGGGGGCCCGGGGGCCGGCGGCGGGCCCGGCUCGGCCGGCGCCGCCUCCGUCUCGUCGUCCUCCUCCUCCUCCGCCGGCCCCUUGUCGGUGUCGCGCCGCAAGGACGGGGGCCCCGCCGGCAAGUUCUGGGAGAGCCCCGAGACCGCCUCGCAGCUGGACGCCGCGCGCGCCUGGCUCGGCAAGCACUACAAGAAGUAUGUCCAGGCAGACGCUCCCACCAGUAAGACGCUGGCUGGGCUGGUGGCGCAGUUGCUGCAGUUUCAGGAAGAUGCCUUUGGGAAGCACGUUGCCAACCCUGCCUUCACCAAAUUUCCUGCAAAGUGCUUCAUGGAUUUCAAAGCUGGAGGAACGCUGUGUUACAUUCUUGGUGCUGCUUACAAGUAUAAGAACGAACAAGGAUGGCGGAGAUUUGACUUGCAGAACCCUUCCCGGAUGGAUCGAAACGUAGAAAUGUUUAUGAACAUUGAAAAAACAUUAGUACAGAAUAACUGUCUGAGCAGACCAACCAUCUACCUCAUUCCAGAUACUGAGCUGAAGUUAGCUAACAAGCUAAAGGACAUUGUCAAACGUCAUCAGGGUACUGUCACGGAUGACAAGUCAAAAGCCACCCAUCAUAUAUAUCCUGUCCCUACCUCACUGGAUGAAGAGGAGUGGCUGAGACCAGUGAUGAAAAAAGACAAGCAGGUCCUUGUGCAUUGGGGUUGUUACCCAGACAGCUAUGACACCUGGGUUCAUGCCACUGAAAUAGACGCGGAAAUUGAAGACCCUCCAAUUCCCGAAAAGCCAUGGAAGGUCCAUGCCAGAUGGAUCCUGGACAUGGAUGUGUUCAACGAAUGGAUGAACGAAGAAGAUUAUGAGGUGGAUGAGAACAAGAAGCCGGUCAGCUUCCGCCAGCGGAUCUACUUGAGAAAUGAAGAACCGGUCCGCAGCCCUGAGCGGCGAGAGAGGAAGGCAGCUGCCGGUGCCCGGAAGAGAAAGGCCUCUCCUUCGCCCCCACCUCCUCCCACCCCUGUGGAAUCCAGGAAGAAAGUGGGGAAAAAGGGACAGACAAGCCUAUAUGGGAAAAGGCGAGGGCAAAAGGAGGACGAUGACCAGGAUGACCUUACCAAGGACAUGGAGGAUCCCACCCCAGUGCCUAACAUCGAAGAGGUGGCACUUCCUAAAAACGUCAACCCAAAGAAAGACAGUGAAAACACUCCAGUGAAAGGAGGGACGGUGGCAGAUCUUGAUGAGCAGGAUGAGGAGACAAUGACGACCGGAGGAAAGGAAGAUGAAGAUCCCAACAAAGGUGACCAGGGCCGUUCCCUUGAUUCAGGAGAAGACAACGUCACAGAACAGACUAACCACAUUAUUAUCCCCAGCUAUGCAUCCUGGUUCGACUACAAUUGCAUUCAUGUGAUCGAACGCCGUGCUCUUCCAGAAUUCUUCAACGGGAAAAACAAAUCUAAGACCCCAGAAAUAUACUUGGCUUACCGUAAUUUCAUGAUCGACACCUAUCGCUUAAACCCUCAGGAGUACUUGACCAGCACUGCCUGCCGAAGAAACUUGACCGGGGAUGUUUGUGCUGUGAUGAGGGUACACGCCUUUCUGGAGCAGUGGGGGCUUAUUAACUACCAAGUGGAUCCAGAGAGCCGGCCCAUGGCCAUGGGGCCUCCCCCCACCCCCCACUUCAACGUGCUGGCUGACACCCCCUCCGGACUCAUGCCGCUCCACCUGCGGACCCCCCAGAUUCCAGCUUCCCAGCAGAUGCUGAACUUUCCCGAAAAAAACAAGGAGAAACCUACAGAUCUGCAGAAUUUUGGGCUUCGCACAGACAUCUACUCAAAGAAAACAUUAGCAAAGAGCAAAAGUGCUAGUGCUGGGCGAGAAUGGACAGAACAAGAGACUCUGCUUCUGCUGGAGGCUUUGGAGAUGUACAAGGAUGACUGGAAUAAAGUCUCUGAGCAUGUGGGGAGCCGAACCCAGGACGAGUGCAUCCUCCAUUUCCUGAGACUUCCCAUUGAGGACCCGUACCUGGAGAACUCCGAUGCCUCCCUGGGCCCUUUGGCUUACCAGCCAGUCCCUUUCAGUCAGUCUGGAAAUCCCGUGAUGAGCACUGUGGCGUUCCUGGCAUCGGUCGUGGACCCCCGGGUGGCUUCAGCGGCAGCCAAAGCAGCCUUAGAGGAAUUCUCCCGAGUCCGAGAGGAAGUACCCCUGGAGCUGGUUGAGGCUCACAUCAAGAAGGUGCAAGAGGCAGCCCGGGUCUCUGGGAAGGUGGACCCCACCUAUGGGCUGGAGAGCAGCUGCAUUGCCGGAACAACCCCCGAUGAGCCAGAGAAGCUCGAUGGAGCUGAAGAAGAGAAGAUGGACACCGACACAGAUGGAACACAGGCAGAAAGGGUUAAGGUAGAAAGCAAAGGAGAGAAUGACAUAGAUGGAAACAAGCUUCAGGAAGGAGAAGAGGAGAGAAUUGCAGAAAAGGAGCAAGAUGGUGAUGUCCCUCAGGAUUCCAAACACAAUGAGAAGGAGGCCGAAGAGAACAAGGAGAACUUUGAUGUUUGCAAAGACAAGGACGGCAGCGCUGGAACGAGGAGAGCGGAGCACGAGAUCUCGGAAGGGAACGUUGCGACGGCUGCAGCUGCUGCUCUUGCGUCGGCCGCCACCAAAGCCAAGCAUCUGGCGGCAGUUGAGGAAAGGAAGAUCAAGUCUUUGGUAGCCCUCCUAGUGGAAACACAAAUGAAGAAGCUGGAGAUCAAACUGCGCCAUUUUGAAGAGCUGGAAACCAUCAUGGAUAGAGAGAAGGAGGCGCUGGAGCAGCAACGGCAACAGCUGCUGACGGAGCGUCAGAACUUCCACAUGGAGCAGCUGAAGUACGCCGAAUUACGAGCCCGCCAGCAGCUGGAACAGCAGCAGCAGCAGCAGCAGCAGAGCCAGAAUGCCCAGCAGUCGCACCAGCAUCCCAGCGGCCCGGGCAUGAACCCCCUCGGGACAGCCAAUCACCCCGGCUUGACAUCUCACCAGCAACCUCCCCCGUAUCCCAUGAUGCAUCACCAGAUGCCCCCGCCUCACCCCCCUCAGCCAGGUCCAAUCCUAGGGCAGGGCUCCAUGAUGCCUGGACAGGCCCUGCCAGGCCGGAUAAUGCCAGCUGGAACCACCAAUGCCCAGUCAGCUGGGAGCACCGGUGUCCCUCCCUCUGGGGCAGCACCCAUGGCAGGAAACAUCGUGGGGCCCCGGGGGCCACUGGCGUCUCCAAACGGCUUGUAUCCCCCGCCGCCUCAGCAGCCGCCGCCUCCGGCCGACAGGGCCACGCCGCCACCUCCUGCGGGAGCUCUCCCGGCCUCCACAGCCCCCUGAGAGGGUCGCCAGCCAGGAGCUUCUCAAGCUGUGACAGUAGCAACCAAAACCCCCCUUCCUCUGUGCUCUGCUCCUUGCUUUCCCGACCCCUCUUCCCUCUGUGCACGGCCCGGCCCACAGCUCCCGCAGCCUUGGGGACCCUUCGGGCUUCGCUUCCCGGCCUGGGGCCACCCCGCUUCAUCUUGGCGCUUCGUGCUCCUGGCCCCCGAGGGCUGCCAGCUUCACCGAAAGAGCUGAACAUAAAUGGGGGUCUGCCGUGGGUUGGGGGCCGGGUCUGUGGGUCGGACCGAGCACCAAGAGGGCCCGGCUCUGUCACGUGAACAGGAGGGGAGAAAGGAAGGGAGGAGGGUUCCCCCAUGGCUUAAGAGUUGGGGCUAAAGCUGACCAAGGGACCAUUCUCCGGAAGGGUGGCCAAGCCCCGGAGCUGCCUGGAAACUUUUGGAGAGCGAAGACCGACCUCUCCUUCGGGAGCCGAGCCAGUUGGCCUGAGCUCUCCAGAGCACGCUCCUUACUCCUUCACACCUUCUCAGUGGGCUAGGGGAGCACACCCAUUCUGCCCCCCACUUUUUUUUUCUGAAAAAUGUCAGUGCAGCAGUCAAGGGGGACAUCCAUCUCCUUCCCUUCCCCCAUCACCGCCUUUCCGUGGCUUCCUCCCCUGCAGGCCAGCCGCUCAGCCUCCUCGUUCACACCAUCGUCAUCGCAAAGCAGGGCCAGGUGUGGCACUCAGAACUACCUCUUACAAACAGCUGAACUGGGGGGGCAAGAAGCAAGGACGCUGGGGAGCUCCGUGGGGUUGGGAAACCGCCCUCCUCCCCGUCUUCCUCAGGAGCCCCCCGCCCUUUUGCCCCCGAGCCCCUGCUUCCUUCCCUUCGACCCGCUGCGGGACUUACCUGGGCUCAGCAGUGAGAAGGGGUGCCCGCCAGCCUUGCAUCCAGCCCGGCCCCAGCAGCCCCCGCUUUCUUCCUGGCCUCGGCUUCAGCUGCGCCGGCCUUGCCAGAGGGACCGGGAUGCCGAUCCAGGAUGCCACACCGGCCCUGCCCCUGCACUCAUGGGAGCCUUGCGUCCUCCCGAGCACACCGUGUUUGAGAGGGAGUUUUCCCACCCGCAGGAGCAAAGGCUGUCCCAGAAGAAGGCUCAGUUUUUCUCCCUCCUCUUCAGAGCUGGGGGGGUGCGCCAGAAUCAGCCUUGCCCCUCCAGGAGCAAGGAAGGCAGUGGUUGGGCCUCUCUGCUGAGCCUUGGUCCUGUUGCUGAGGGCAGCCAGGAGGGGGUGGCACGCUUCUGCCCCUUGUCGGUGAAUGCCUGGUCCUCUCCCCAAAUGCCCAUUUGGAAGGGAAGCCCUCCCCCCCACCCCCCACCCUCAUUGCCUUUGGAGCACCACGGGAUUGCAAUUCUGAACAUGGUCCUUUUAGACUGACCACCUCAGGCUCUUUUUAGGAAGAUCUUUGAUUGUAAAGGCUCUAAAUGGAGAACUUUCUCUCUCUCUCUUUUUUUUUUACUCUACUAUUGACUGGAUCCUGCAGUGUAUGUGUGAUGAAUUAUUAACACAAUUGUGUUUCUGUACACAUGAGAAACAGGAGAUGUCUUUUGUCUGGCGUUUCUCUCCAGUCAGGUCCUGUAUCUGGGAGGGGGGGAGACGUUUGUUCCUGCAGCACAACUUCUCGAUUUUGUGAAAAAAUAAAAAAAAUAAAAUGUGGGUUUUUUUAAGCAAC